GUGGGACGCACAGUAAGAUGGAGGCGGCCGCAAGCAGCGUGUGGAAGCGUCAAUAACAUUUAUUUUAAAGUGUUAACAUCCCUGCAUGAGGCUUCAAUUUAUACUCCGUUGUAUUAAUAACAAAGGGACUCAGCUGGCGUAAGGUUGCCGAUCGGCGUGGAAACAGUUCAUAUCGUAUUGUAGAGAACAACGGACAUGUCUGUGCUGGGAAGUUUGCUGAGAGCUGGAGCGUCCCUCUGUCAGUCUGCUGGGACCCUGCUGCACACAGCCAGGACCAUCUCUACUGGUACAUGUUGCCAGAUCAGGAUGCAUGCCAUCCCUGAGCUGAAGAAGGUGGACAGGUGGACAGAGAAGAGGAGCAUGUUUGGAAUUUAUGAUAACAUAGGCAUAUUAGGAGAUUUUAAAGCUCAUCCCAAAGACCUCAUUCUGGCCCCCUGCUGGCUGAAGGGUUUCAAAGGUAAUGAACUGCAGCGUCUAAUCAGAAAGAAGAGGAUGGUGGGAGACAGAAUGAUGACUCUGGAAAGACACAACCUAGAGAAGAGGAUUCGUUUCCUCUACAGACGUUUCAACCGCACUGGCAAACAUCGCUAACGUCAACCAAAUCAAUACUGGCACAUACAUCAGACCAGCCAACUGUGGGGUCUCUAUGGUGUGAUUUCAUGUUGUCACUGUGCUGUAUAUUGCCAUUUUUCUAAGUUAUGUUCAUAUAAAGAGAAAACUGAUUUGUGUUUCAAAGCAGCAUACGUCCUGUACAUGCAUUUGCAUUGUUGAUUGUUUUGUGGCCAUAUUAACAGUCAGACAGACACAAAAUACAUAUGAUAAUGGACUGAAAAAGAAGCUUUGUUUUAUUCCUUCCAUUCACUUUGGAACCCCAAACUCCCUUUGGAACCAUUAAAAAUGGAAUAAAUUGUGA